AUGCAGACCAAAUAUCCAACCCAUAUUGAUCGGAGAACAUGUCGGCGCACGGUACCGAUGAAGGUACUCGUUCUCGGCAUGAGCCGGACCGGUACAGAUUCAAUGAAGAAAGCCUUGCUUCGACUAGGCUAUUGCGAUACAUAUCAUGGAUACACCGCAGCGACGGAGAAUCCCCGCGACUGUGAAAUGUGGCUUGACGCAAUGGCUGCUAAAUGGGAUGCUGUUGGAAAACCAUUUGGUCGCGCAGAAUGGGAUCAACUUCUCGGUCAUUGUCAAGCCGUUACCGAUAUUCCCGCCGCAGUCUUCGCAAAGGAGCUCAUUGAAGCGUACCCAGAAGCGAAAGUAGUUCUUACGAACCGCGAUGCCGAAGAAUGGCACCGGUCUGUUCAAGCCACCCUUCUCAACAAUGUCUUUCAUCCGUGGUCCUCGGUCAUCGAUACCCUCGCCACCCUCACCCACAGCCCCAAUCGAUUCACCCGUAAAAUGUUUAUCCGCGCCUUCACGGAUUAUUUCCGCGGGGACUUCAAGCGCCAUGGAAUUUCCGUGUAUCACGCCCAUUAUAAAAUGAUUCUUGUCAAAAUGUACUGCAAAUGGGUAGUCCAUGUAUUGUUUGCAACAGCACUUCCCGUAAUGUUCACCAAUGGGAGAUCUACCGCCAGCGACCAACAGAAUUUGGUUUUACCGAUCCCAAGUCUCCAGAAUCCAGUGGGGGAAAAAUUUAUCGGAACCGCAGUGGAAGCGAAACCACUCAGCCCGAAACAAGUUUACAGCCCUCAAACAUUUAACAUGCAUCAAGAUGGCGGUAAUACUGGGAUUUCCAAUCAACGUGGCCCACUGGGUGUCAAUCUGGAGGUUUCCAGUGCCCUGGAAAGUCUACACAUCUUACUUUGGAGCAAAAGUGGUCAGAUGGUUGCCGGCUACACAAGCAUCGGACCUGCAGGCCUGAAAUGGGGCUUGGCUGCGGUGGAUGAUGAUACAUUGAGGAUCCAGUAUACCUGGUACCCCGAAACGGACGGUCAGACCUUGAAUGUGGCAUACAUGGGGCUACUUCUAGACAAGGAUCAAAUUGUGGUAACAUCCAAGGAGGGCCAGAUUUAUGUGGUUCAACUCUCAGACUCCAACGGCUCACCAAGUCUUGCUUUACUCCAAACUUUCAACUUGACAUCUGUCUUGGGUUGUGAUGAGCUGCUUCUCAAUGCGAUGUAUGACACCCAAGACAAUUUGUGGUUUACCAGUGGCGGGUUGCGAUCUCAGGACGAAGGCGGACAUGGGGAUCCUGCACAGAAUUCAACCACGAUUGGAUACAUUGAGCCCACGGGGAUCCUACAUGUCCUCCAUUUAUCAAAUGAAAUGGUUGAAAAUGGCAUCGCUGUAACUGGAACCACUGUCUACAUAAUCACAGGGCCAUCCGGCGCCAACGAUCAUCAAGAUGCGACAGGCACUCUCUAUUCCCUUGCUCCAGGACCUGGGACAUCCAUCAGAACUCUUUGGGCCAUUCCAUAUAGUGCUGGUGAUACCAAAAAGCCAGGCGCAUUCGCACGGGGCUCUGGUGCAACUCCAGCACUUCUAGGGGAUCAGCAGCGAGGGGCGCUUCUUCCCAGACUGUUUGCAGUGUCCCUUUAUGGAUCCGGAUUGAGCAAUGUCGACAUUUCACCUCUAGUACAUGAUGACGGUGAUAUUUAUGGCGUGAUGCUUUGCAACGACUUCAAUGCUCCAACAUUGUAUUACGUGGACUCGGGCCUAGAUGGUGAUUUCAACAACCUUACAGUAAUGGCUCCAGGAGUGGUCCGUGUCAACAUCACUUCUGACGGUACCUCCUGCAAAAUCGCUUGGGAAAAUGAUAUUAGGAUGCAGUCUGUUCCAAUUCUUUCCGCCCAGAAUGGGCUUGUCUAUGGCUAUACUCAAUCAGUGUCUUCAUCUCUGGAAGGCCUGUUUGAGUGGUAUGCUGUUGCAUUUCGUUGGGAAACCGGCGAAGAAGUCUGGAGGGCGCGAGCCGGUGCAGGCGGGACUUACAAUGAUGAUUAUCAACCUGGUGCCCUUGGGCCGGAUGGGAGCUUCUAUCAAAGCGUGAUUGGGGGGCUAGUCAGGUUUAAGGAUAGUGCUUGA